GUAAUCGUCGUGUAAAGUUUUGCUGCAUCCGGUGUUAAGGCACACAACUAAAGAAGAAGCAUAAACACAAUCCGUGAGAGGGACGAGGAGCCGGUGUAAAUAUAUACUGUAUAUAUUAUAUAUUAUGAUAGAUGACUAUGACACAUUUUCGAGGUCAGAUCCGAGGACCACACUGGGGUCCAACCAUGGACAACAUGCUGAUCGACUUCUGGCGCAGACAUGACUGCCUGUUUAACUCCUCGGUCGACUCUUACUACGACAAGGAUCUGAAGACCAGUCUGUGGACCGAGUUCGCGAUGUCCAUCGGAAAGCCUGUAUCUGAUGUUGAGAGAAGAUCAAGAUCGCUCCGGACUCAGUACGGGAGGGUGCUAUGGCAUCCGGAGAGGGUCAGCACUACCCAGCAAAAGAUGCUUAGGGAGAAACUUGAUUUUCUGAAGCCUUAUAUAGUUCGCAGGCGAGGUGAAUCAUAUCUGGAGGACAAGUUUGAUGAUCGGGAUGAGGACGACGAGGAGCUGGAGACUGAAGGAAGUAUUGAUCAGGAGAUGGGAAGCUCAUUUGGUAGCCCACUGGAUGCUGAUGUGACUGAGCAAGAUCCGGAGGAUGAACCCCACCCGUCCUCGAGCCUGAACCCUGCUGCUCCCAUGCACUGUCCAAACCCACAGCCUCAGGUCACAGAGGUCAUGUCUUUGAGCUGUCCUCGCCGUCACAACGACGAGGGUUCUGCCGAUCAGCCUGACCAAACAUCUGCACCAAACACACCCAGACACAACAUACUAAACCAGUUUGCAGAGGUUAUGUUGGCAGACAUGCAUCAAAUUAAAGACCCCAUGGUGCUCAUGAGACUUCGCCGAGAUAUCACCGACAUUGUGUUCAAAGCGGUGGAGGAGGACGUGCAGCGACGGUGCGUUCGAGUGCCGACACAUAGGGAGAGCGCUCAGUUACACGGCUGCUCCGGGCCCCAGCAGGCAUCUUCACAAACAAACUACUCAUGGAGGCAGAGGUUUUUGAAGAGAAAGAACAAGGCCUGUGAGAUUGGAAGGAGGAUACAGAGAUGGGAGGAGAUGAAGCACGUGAGGAGAAUGUCCAGGAGUCAGUUAAUGCAGCCCGUCCAGCAAGGCCAAGCACUGGAAGGCAUGAGUGAACACGGCUCUCAGGUUAUUAUUCAGGCGUCUGAGAUCAAAAGAGAGACAGAGCCCCACACGGUUAAGAUUGAGGAGGAGGCUCUUCCGUCGGCUUGACAUUUUAGAUACAGAGUUGCCACUAUUUUUCCUGAUCACAGUCAUCCCAGUCAGUAAAGUGUAGGUUAGAAAAGCUUCUUAAGACUUGGAACACUUCCAUCAGUCAUUCAACAGUAAAUGAUAACAGUAGAAAACAGAUGCUGUAAAUUGCCCUCUUUGCCAUACAGAAGUCUUGAUGAUUGUAACGUAUUAGCACUUAGUAGCACUUUGUAGAGGAUUUCAACAAUUAUCCAUAUUGAUAGUUUUAAAAGAUAUGGGAAUAGGAUAAAGACGUAUAGCCUAUCGGAGUACUUAAGGACACUACAAUGCCAAGGACUGCAUGUAAUAGUGGAAUCACCACCGAGAAACUUUUCUGCCUUUUCAAACACAAGAUGUCUAGUUUCUAAUGAAUCUAUGCCUUUCAAAAACAAUUCAGACUAAUUUAUAGGCCUACUUGGUCUGUACUUUAAGUAUGGUAUUUAACAUGGGAGUAACUUUUGAGCCUGAAAGUGUUACAAAGUUAUGGAACAUUCUGAGCUGUAGGCAUAAGGCAGUGGACGCUGUGUGAUCCAACUCGAAUCGAUGAUACUCUGCUCCUAUUAAAGAGAAAAUAAGGGUUUUCA